ACCAUAGGCUGUGCUUGACAUGUUCUAAAGGAAAAAAGAUGGACUACCCAUUCGGAAUACAACUGCCACGCAGCAGCAGCAGCAGCAGUAUGUACUUACAUCUUACUAGAGUUGUCGGUAUGGUAUGGUAUGGUUUCUUUUUGGUUCCCAAUUCUUUCUUCUUCUUCUUCUUCAUCUGAGGCAUGUCUCGUCUUUGUUCUGUUCUGUUCGGUACAUUUUGUCUGCAGUGCAGUGCACAAGUUACGAGACAAGACAAGACAAGACAAGACAAUUUAGAGAGAGUCUCUAGAGAGAUGUUGCAGCAGCAGUUUGAUCUUAGCUCAUCGAACGCGAGAUCUACUUACUUUGCCCAUUUACUUUUUUCUUCUUCUGGCCAUCUUGCAUCGUCGGCAGGCAGGCAGCGCGCCCUUUCAUGCAAAGUCAGUUCAGUCCAGUGCAGUCCGUCCAGUGCAGUCCGUCAGUGCAGUGCAGGUCAGGGGCGGGCGUGCGGGCGUGCGGGCGUCGGUCGGUCGGUCGGUCUGCACAGCUACCUAAGGUAGGAGAGAACCACCCCCUCCACCCCAUCACGGGCAUAGCGAAAAGUCACAGAGGAAUUCGAGGCUACCUUACCUACCUUACCUACAUCCUACCUUACCUACCGUA